AUGAUGCCAUCUGCCCUACAGGACUACGGAGAGCUGGACUACGAGGCGGCCCUGACGCUGACCGGAUUUGGGUGGUUUCACUACCAGCUUUUGGCACUAUGCGGCUUGAUCUACGCCAACACCGCCGUGAGCAUUACGCUCAUCUCGUUCGUGCUGCCCUCGGCAACCUGCGACUUCCGGAUGACAUCCAAAGAUAAAGGAUGGCUGACAGCUGCGCCCAUGCUCGGUAUGGUUAUUGGAUCUUAUUUUUGGGGUUGCCUGGCGGACACGAAAGGACGUCGCAUCGUGCUGAUUGCUACACUUCUUCUGGAUGGCAUCAUUGGUGUUUUAUCCACAGUGUCACAAAUAUUUUCAAUAUUUUUGUUACUUCGAUUCAUCAACGGGUUUGCCAUUACCGGUGCAAUGGGCAUUUGCUUUCCGUACCUGGGCGAGUUUCAGCCGACGGCGUACCGCGAAAAGAUCCUCUGCUGGAUGGAACUGUUUUGGACGUUCGGUAUCAUCGUACUGCCGUGCAUCGCCUGGAUCGUCAUACCUCUGGACUUCCAUUUCACGGACGCCGAUGGCAAGGCUCUGUUCGGAAGCUGGAACCUGUUCGUUGCCCUGUGCUCCGUUCCAAGUAUCGUGCUAGGGCUAUGGCUUUUGCGGUUUCCUGAGAGCCCCAAGUUCUUGAUCGAGUGUGGUGAGCGACACCUCGCCCUGGAGAUUCUUAAGGACAUCUACCACAUCAACACCGGCCGUGAUCGGAACGAAUGUCCUAUCGAGGGCCUCAAGGAGUCGGACAAGGGGAAUAUGAUCAUGGAGACGCACAAUCGCUCCAUACGGAGCUUCAACAUACAUAACCCGAAGCACAUGAAGAUUAUAUUCGGCGAGAUAUGGGAGCAAACGAAGGCCCUCUGUGGUCCGGAGUUCCGGAAGAACACCGUUCUAGCCUGCCUGAUCCAAUUCGGUAUCACUACCAGCUACUACACGCUGAUGGUGUGGUUCCCGGAGCUGUUCGGUCGGUUCGAGUUGCAUGAGAAGCGGUACCCGAACAUGUCCGUCUCGGUGUGCGACGUCUCGUCGAUCGUGCUGGAUACCGUAAACGGAACGCUGGUCGAUGAAUACUGCGGCACGAAAAUCGACACCAAUGUAUACUGGCACACGCUGCUGCUGGGAUUCGCCUGUAUUCCUACCAGCCUAUGGCUCCCGCUUUGUGUCCAUCGGCUGGGGGCGAAAUUCUUUCUGAUUUUCAGCUUGAUGGUUGCCGGUGCUGUCACAGUUGGCCUUUCAUACGUUAACAACUCGACGCAGAACCUCAUUCUAUCCUGCAUUUUCGAAGCGCUGACCUCGAUGGGUAUUAGCACCGUCUAUUGUGUGAUGGUAGACUUGUUUCCAACCAAUCUGAGGGUAAUGGCUGCCGCACUAUCGCUUACGUUCGGACGUGGAGGAGCGCUGCUAGGAAAUAUCCUAUUCGGGUUCUUAGUGGACCUUAACUGCUUCAUACCGGUCGCGCUUUUCUCCAUGAUGUUGUUUGGUAGUGCCAUAUUGUGUUUUUUCUUACCGAACACUGGAUCCGAGGCGCUGGACUGA